CUUUAAUACUUAAAUAGAAAUAAGAGAAACAGCUCGUCUCUCUGCUCCUCAGGGAACCUCAACUCACUCACUUGCUCACAAACAAAUCCGUCUAUCAUUUCAGCUUAUUUUAUUAUUCACUUCUGGUGGGGGUGCACAUGGACCAGUACGAGAAAGUAGAGAAGAUUGGUGAAGGAACCUAUGGCGUUGUCUACAAGGCUCGUGACCGCGUUACCAAUGAAACAAUUGCUUUGAAGAAGAUUCGCUUAGAGCAGGAAGACGAAGGUGUACCUAGCACUGCAAUUAGAGAAAUCUCGCUCUUGAAGGAAAUGCAACAUGGAAAUAUCGUUAGGCUGCAAGAUGUAGUGCACAGUGAGAAGCGUUUAUAUUUGGUCUUUGAAUACCUGGACUUGGAUUUAAAGAAGCACAUGGAUUCAUGUCCAGAAUUUGGGAAAGAUCCACGAAUGAUUAAAACCUUCCUUUAUCAAAUUCUCCGUGGAAUUGCUUAUUGUCAUUCUCAUAGGGUUCUUCACCGAGAUCUAAAACCACAAAAUUUGCUGAUAGAUCGCCGUACCAAUGCACUGAAGCUUGCUGAUUUUGGUCUGGCCCGAGCAUUUGGUAUUCCUGUUAGAACAUUUACGCAUGAGGUUGUCACCCUGUGGUACAGAGCACCUGAAAUACUGCUUGGAUCUCGCCAUUACUCGACUCCUGUUGAUGUGUGGUCCGUUGGCUGCAUUUUUGCUGAGAUGGUGAACCAACGACCAUUAUUUCCUGGGGAUUCUGAGAUUGAUGAACUAUUCAAGAUCUUCAGAAUCUUGGGUACUCCAAAUGAGGAUACAUGGCCUGGAGUGACUUCAUUGCCUGAUUUUAAGUCUGCUUUUCCGAAGUGGCCGUCUCAGGAUUUGGCAACUGUUGUUCCAAAUCUUGAAUCCAGUGGCAUUGACCUUCUAUCUGGCUUCUCUGCAAUUCGAACUGAUUAUACAUUCUGUCUAUUAUCAUCCAGAAAAUGCUGUGCAUGGAUCCCAGCAAAAGAAUUACGGCAAGAAGCGCUCUUCAGCAUGAAUUCUUGAAGGAUGUUGGGUUUGUACCCUAACUAUAGGGUUGUGGACCCCUCCCCCAACUAUCUUCCUGGGAAGUGUCUAUAUCAACUAAUGUGCUGUGUAGCAAUUUGUGGGAUUUUUAAUCGUGAGAAAUUAAAUGGUGUGUGGUCUAUAUAUAUAUCUCCUAUUUUUCUGUGUUUUGUUUGUCCGUGAGUUUUUUUUCCUUUCGGUGAUGGACCUUUGUUUUGCUAUCGGAUAAACACUUUUUCCCGUAUAACUUUCGCCUACCUACUGAUCUACAAGUAUACAAGACAAUCCUUUGGUUUGGAUUUUC